AUGCGUUCAAGCACACGAUAUUCCAGGGUCCAGGUGAUUUUCAGCAAGGCUCGACCCGAAGUAAACCCACGGGGCAGUGAGACCUGGACGCCUGCUACAAACCCUUCUAAUUGUGCCGCGACACCUUUCGUUUUGCCUCGCACCUCUGCGUCCACGCUCACGCUCACGCUCACGCUCACGUCUACGUCUACGCCUACGUUUACGACUGACCCCUUGCGCAUUCCACGUUUGCACCCCGAACCCGCCGAUUUUGUGACUAUGGAGUCAGAGUCCGCGACUGCGAACGGCCAGGCCGCACCUCCCGAACACGCAGACCUCACUGGUAAGGCCAGACAAACGUGGCGUGCGGCAGUCAAGCUGCGAAAGAUUUUGACAAAGCACCUGGACAAGCUUCCAAAAGACAGCAACUCGGGCGUUGACAUUUCUCAAUUCGAGGCGAUUGACUUGCAACUGGAAAAAUUCCGCCUUGCCUGUGUGCAAACCAUAUACCUCGACUUCGAAUAUGCCGUCGCCGAACGUACCGACCACAUCAUGUGGACGGUACAUACUAAUAUCAACAACGAAUACCGACGAACCCUGGGCCGCCUCCGACACCUGGCGCAGAACUCGGACAAGCAAAAGGCCGAUAAGACAGCCAACGACAAGCGCAACAGUGACAAGUCCAAGGGAGACAAACAAACCACCCCAAAGCAAAAGAAUGACAAGCGCAACGUGGAGAAACGCAAGUUUGGCGAUAAGUACCUGGGUUUCCUACACGUCGCUCAGGAAUUUUACAAGGGAUAUGUGCAGCGACUUUCUGCUCGAUACGACAUUCCGGAACUGAAGCGUAUUGCCAAGGGAAUUGAGGUCGACGGAUCCUCUACCAGUGAUGCCAUCAGCCCUGUCCCGAAUCAGAUUUACCCGCUCGUCGUCAACUCUUGCCAUUUCACCCUCAUCUGCCUUGGCGACCUGGCACGCUACCAGGUCCAAUCGGGACUGAAGAAGUCAGGCUACAGAAUCGCCUUGGCCUACUACAGUCUCGCACAUGAUUUGAAACCGUAUUCCGGUUUCCCUUUCCACCAGAUGGGUAUCAUUAGCCUCGAAGAAGGCAAAGAUCUAGAUACCGUUUACUACUUUUACCGCAGUAACGCAACUGCCGAUCCUCACCCCAACGCAAAGCAGAGUCUCGAGUCCAAGUUCAAGACUCUAUUCCAGCCGGACAAGAAUCCGCCUAAGAAGCAAACACGCGUGCCGAGCGAUGCAUUUGUAACAUGGUUCAUAAAGCUUCACGCUUCCUAUUACAGGGACGAGACCAUGGCAGGCAGUUCCGAGCUCGAGAGGGAAGUCCUGCAUCGGCUUGAUAUGGCUUCUAAGAACCCCGAAUAUUCCGAAGUUCUAUUCAAGAUGACCCUCAUCAACAUGUCGAGCUACCAUGUCGCCUCUCAGAAGUAUACUGAGGCCCAAUCGCCUGCAGCAUCCCGAUUCUGCCACCAUACUCUGCGCAUCAAUGCGCAGUUUAUCCUUGCAUUUUGCUUAGUCCUUGCUUCUGAGCUUACUGAAAUCGUUAGCCGUGAAAGCUAUGCUUCCGAGGACCCCACUACUGCCAAAUCGUCUCCUGUUAUUGAGUCUCUUUUGCCUUUGCUGCGAAUCUACGGCAUGUGGCUUGCCGCCCGCCGCCAGGAAAUCUUUGCUGCUGGUCAAGCUCUUGGUGCUGUUCUGCCAGACAUGAUGAAGGCUAUCUCCAAGGUCUUCUCACUGCUCUGCAAUGAUAAGUACACCCAGGAAGCGCUGGCAUCGUGCCCCUAUCUUCUUGCCGAAGAUGUCGAGACACAGGGUUUGCUUCCUCUCGCCGAGGAUAAAGUCCCCGAGGCAUGCCGGUACUACUGUUCAGACAAUGGGGCUUUGAAGCCAAGACUGCCAUCCCCAGAGCACCGACUCAGCUCCUUCCAGGAGAUAUUGGCCAGAAUCUUGGACAUUCUCCGAUGCGGCUAUUUCCUGGCUGAAGAUGACGCGUGCCCGCUUAGUUACCGGGUCCUGAAGCAAGGUCUCGUCUUUGAACAUACGCCACUGCCUGCCCAGAACGAGCCGGCUCAUCAACCCAUAUCUAUUGUGAAUUCUCCUGCUAGAGAGACAAAGAGCAAGACUAAAAUCGCAAGCCAUCAGCGCAAGACUUCUGAAAGUCGGCAGGUGGACAACCGCCCCGAAGUCAACGGAACUGCGAGAAGAUCUUUCGCGGCAUCUCCCGAGACUCAACUUCCAAGAGAAGAGCCUUCCCCUGACGAUGCUGAUAACACUGUUAUCAACAUGCUCACACCUUUCCUAAGGCCACCUACCCCUGAGAAGGUUCAGUCAAACCAUCAGUCCACUGACGAAACCUCCUACGGAAUGAACAGUACCACAGCAAACGAGGUGUUUGAAAUGCUUCAUGCUGAACCAACCCCUGCUGACUCUUUGCCCUCUGGCAAGUUUGAGCCUUUGCCUUGGGCCUGGAUGUACACACCUACGCCUCAUAGAGGCAGCGACGCCUCUACUUCGGCAUACAAGGGUGCUUUCGACGCCUCUGUUAGCCCUAACAUUGCCUCGCGGGAGAUGCCACGAAACGUCAGCACGUUUGAGGAUCCUUAUACUAACUCUACGCCCCAGCUGCCCGCCAUGCCAAUCCCUCGGGCUACCAGUGGCAUUAUGGCAAGUCCUCGCAUCGCUUCUGCAGCUGAAGAGGCCCACCGCAACAAUCUGCUGCAGACCUUUGGUAGUCCCAGCGCCCCUCGAAGCUCUUCGUUGAGCCAAUGGGGCCAGAGCUCAAACCGUCUUCCCAGUAACCCGAACCCGCAGUCCUAUGUCCAUCGCCAGGUCUCGAAUGGUUACCCUACAUCAUCUACUAUGUCUGGAUUCUCUCAUUCAAGCAGCCUGUACCAAGGUACCCCUUCUAACGGGGCGUCUUUUGGCAUGCCAAAUGGAGGCUACAUGGAUAUGAGUCGCUAUGAUCGCAACCGCACCCAGGAGUCGGUGCCAGCCUCUUCAGGCCGACGUUUCCAGAUGGAUGAGACGACAUCUAGCUACGAUGCUGCCAUUUUGCAGGCUGCAUUCUACGGCAACAAGUAG